AUGGAUAUUUCUGCUUUGCCCAACAAUAACCACCCUGAGAAAUUCCUCCAGCUAGACGUUGGGAUGCUGCCAGCCACACACAGCAUGUUCCAGGUUGGGGCAGUAAUGUCCAGUCAGAAACAAUGGCAGAACAGGAUUUACUCUCAGAGGGAGCCAAGGGUAACAACCAAAAGCAGUUCUGUGCCACACCCAGACUGGAGUCCUGUGGUGUUUGUGGACAGAUACCUGGAGAAGCACAUCACUCCAUCCACUCUGAAGACCAACAUCAGACAGAACCCUCUGUACAUGGAUGUAAAAUCAGUGAUUGAGCAGAAUGAGACAUCACACCCUUCCUGGACUGUCAAGGACUAUGACACUCAAGCAAACCAUAGCAAUCUUGCAGAAUAUUUACAGGAAGAGGACAAGACUCCUAAAGAUCUGGAUUUCUGGCUCGAGGAUCUCUACACACCGGGAUUUGAUUCUUUACUGAAGAGGAAAGAAGCAGAGCGCAGAAGAAGACUCUGUAAAAUUAUCUCUUCAAUCAUUGUGAUUGUUUGUGUACUUCUUCUUUUUGUUGCAGUAGCUGUGGUUCUCCACAAAAACAUCUGA